AUGGGUCACCGUUUUUACUCAAUUUUGAGUAUAGUUUGGCUUGUUUUCUUGUAUUAUUUCGUGGGCAACUGUUAUUCAUUGCCUAGUGUAGAUCAAGAAAAAGAUAGGAUAAUUUCUUUGCCUGGACAGCCAGAAAAUGUUGGGUUCAAUCAGUAUUCAGGUUACGUGACUGUGAAUAAGCAAUUUGGAAGGGCACUUUUUUACUGGUUAAUUGAAGCACCUACGGAUAGAGGGCCUGAAUCAAGGCCUCUGGUUCUAUGGCUCAAUGGAGGGCCUGGUUGUUCUUCUGUAGCUUAUGGAGCUGCAGAAGAGAUUGGGCCUUUUCGGAUUAAUUCCAAUGGGAAGACUCUUUACCUCAAUCCUUACUCCUGGAACAAAUUGGCGAAUUUACUGUUCUUGGAGUCUCCAGCUGGAGUUGGUUUUUCGUAUUCAAAUACCUCAUCAGAUUUAUACACUGCAGGUGACCAGAAAACAGCUGAAGAUGCAUACAGCUUUCUUCUGAAUUGGUUUGAAAGGUUUCCUCAAUACAAACAUAGAGAAUUUUACAUCGCAGGAGAAAGUUAUGCCGGACAUUAUGUUCCUCAGCUAUCUCAAAUCAUAUUCAAAAGAAAUAAGGGAAUUCAAAAUCCAAUAAUUAAUUUCAAGGGAUUCAUGGUCGGGAAUGCUGUUACUGAUGAUUACCAUGAUUACGUUGGCACAUUCGAGUAUUGGUGGACUCAUGGCUUAAUUUCUGAUUCUACUUACAAAGUUCUGCGGAUAACUUGUGACUUUGGAUCUGCUACACAUCCUUCAAGUGAAUGUGUUAAGGCUCUUGCUCUUGCAGAACAGGAGCAGGGGAACAUUGACCCCUAUAGCAUUUACACUCUCCCUUGCAAUGAUACAUCUUCACUUAAGCGCAGAUUAAGGGGUCAUUAUCCAUGGAUGUCCCGAGCAUAUGACCCAUGCACUGAAAGGUACUCUCAAGUUUACUUUAAUCUCCCUGAGGUUCAAAAGGCAUUUCAUGCCAACGUAACAAAGAUUCCUUAUCCAUGGAAAACAUGCAGCGAUAUUGUUGGCGACUCCUGGGCAGAUUCUCCUCUGUCCAUGCUUCCAAUUUAUCAAGAACUUAUAGUUGCUGGUGUCCGGAUUUGGGUAUUUAGUGGGGAUACCGAUUCAGUGGUUCCUGUGACAGCAACUCGAUAUUCAAUUGAUGCUUUGAAGCUUCCGACAGUUACUAAAUGGUACCCGUGGUAUGACAAUAAAAAGGUUGGUGGAUGGAGCCAAGUAUACAAAGGAUUGACUCUUGUAACUGUUACUGGAGCCGGGCAUGAGGUACCACUUCAUUGCCCUCGACAAGCUUUUAUUCUUAUCGGACAGUUUCUGAAGGACAAGCCAAUGCCAAGUAAAACCUUGAUUUGA